UUCUAAAUACAGUCUGUGGUCAAACCCCAGUACUGACCAUACUGGAGCGCUCACCAGGGAGUUCAAUCCUAAUUUUGCCGAUUUUCAGAGGUCAGAAAAUGGCCUUUCCUUCGGAAGCUUGUCUUAACCCUACCCCGGGCACCGUUUUCGGGUGUCAAUGCCCUCCACACCCCAACAGUGGGUGGCGGUAGUGCACCUUAACGCCGAUGCCACCCGUCACAAAACAAGAAGAAAAAGAAGAAGGAAAAGGAAGGAGAAUAAGCUAACGUCAGACGGAGCGACAACAUGGAUCCAAACACGACUAUUCUCCGAGUCAAGAGAAAAAGAGGGACCGACCCCGCGGACGCUUUGUUGUUGGCGUGUAAGCGUAUUCGCCCGGAGUCGUCUCAGAGCUCAGCAGAAACGGUACCGGAGCCCAAUGAAGCCGAGGUGGAGAACUCUGUCUUCAAACUCGUGGCGACCGUCGCGACUCAGGUGAGAGGCCCGCUGUGAGUUAAGGAGGAGGCUAAUGGCCACGCAGCUUGGGAUGAAAACGACCAAGAAACGCAUCUGGACAGAUGUAACGAGUAAUUAAAUGUAUCUGGUUACGUAAAAACCUUAUUUGACAACAUGUAUUGAUUCAGUGAACUACGUAUAUCAGUGCUCGUUGUUGUUAGCAGACAUUAGCUUCUUGUUAUGUUAGCCGGAGCUAGCGUUAGCUUUUUAUUGGCGUUAAGUGAAAGUGAGUCGUGUUUGUAGGCCUAAAUGCGUGACUUAACCACUGCUAAAUUGAUCUAGACGAAAAUGUAAAAUAAUUAGUGUAUUUGUUUUCCAUCCUUUUUGACAACCUGUAUUGAAUUUCGUCACACAAGCUUUCUAGCUGAACUAGAAAGAAGACAAAGCAAACACCAGGACAGUCUGAGACAACUCAGUGCAACAGCUGAGGUUUGUGUUUCAGAAAGACAAGUUUUAGUUUUUGUAGAGUUGCCCAGAAAGGUGAUCACUGUACUUCAAUGUAAUGAAGAAGACGGAGUUGAUGUUGAUUGUAUGGUAAAGUGUGAUAUAUUUGAGGAUGUUAUUACUAUAUUGUCCUUUUGAUGUGUUCUAGCUAAAUGUGACACUUAGUGAAAACUUAUUCCCUGUCAUGCAGUGAGGUUUGAUGUUGACAAGGCAGAAUGGGUAAAUACAGGCCAAACAGAAUUUAACUGUAAACUUGAAGUUGAUAUAAGAGCAUAUGAUGUUGAAAAUUUAGUGAUAAAUGAUGAGAUUUGGUUAAUUCAAUGUCCCAUUUCCGUAUGUAAUAACAAAACACAACAUCCAAUCAUUGCUCGAACAAAGAAGACAGGUUAAAAAAGAGUUGAAUAAAAAUGAUUUGAUAUCCUUGAAAACUCUCUAUCUAAAAGGGAGUGGUGGAUUUUUGAGUGAUUAGAUGAACACCACAGACUUUUGUCUUUCACUGCUUGCACUUUUUGUUGCUGUAAAAUGAACUGUCUCACUUACCAAUCCAUUCGACCUUCAAACUUUUUUGUAUGCACAGCAGAGUGGACUUGCGCUGGGAUGAUUUUUAGUAACUGUUUCAUCAUUGUGUUAAAGGUCUCCUAUUAUGGCAUUUUUUAUCAAGUUUAGAUAAGUCCCAGAGGUCCCACAAUAGUAAAUUUGUUGUCUAAAACACCAGUUUAUUUGUGGAUAUCAGCCAGCCUGUACCCCCUCUUUUUGAGCCUGAUUGAGAAAGGGCUAAUUCUGUGCCUGUACCUUUAAAUGAUAAUAAGCUCUGUGUGACCGCGCUCUUCUUCCCCAAGGUCACUCAAGUUUAUGGCUGUGUCUCAUUUCAGAGACCACAUCGGGAUAAGCGCGCUUAGCUGAGCGCACUGCCGUUUUGUACCCUUCCUGUGUCCCAUUUCAGAGACCGCAACCGUCGAACGGCGCAUUUGAAGCGUGCGUGAGGUCAUCACGCAGCACGAACGGUGUCCCAUUUGGCACAAAAUGCUAAGUGCGCUUCAAAUUCGGUGUCAAAACCACACUGCCCCCCCCCCCCCUCUUUUUUUUCAAGCAUGCAUUUAUGCACGCUUUCAGGCCGUUGGUAUCCCAGAAUUCUUUGCGUGCCGCUGCACAGCUGCACAUUUCAGGUGAGAGGCUGGACUCGCUUGGAGAUGCAGCGCAUCUUCAAAGAAAAUACAAGAAAUCCAAAAACAGCAGACAGUCAGCUCAGGCUGUAUGAGCGCAUGACCUCUGAACUCAUUAAAAUCUGUAAACCAAACAUUAUAGAUAUAGAGACAAACUGAAUUAAAAUUAGGGCCAUGAAGCAUUUAAAGGAAUUGUGCUUAAGUAUAGGUUUCACAAACAAGGAGAUACUUCAUCCUUUGGCACAUCAGCAUCACAUUGUCAUAAGUAUAAAAACUUAAAUCUCUAAAUCUUAAAAGAAAAAAAAAACCUCAAUGUUGUCCUGAUACUCUGCUGUAGUUUUGUCAGCUUUCUUAUUUCUAAUGUUUUUGAUUGUUGUAGCAGAGCAGAUCAGUUGUCUCUAAAUCUAUAAUGUUUGGUUCGCAGAUUUUAGUGAGUUCAGAGGUCAUGCGCUCAUACAGCCUGAGCUGACUGUCUGCUGUUUUUGGAUUUCUUGUAUUUUCUUUGAAGACGCGCUGCGUCUCCAAGCGAGUCCAGCCUCUCACCUGAAAUGCGCAGCUGUGCAGCGGCACGCAAAGACUUCUGGGAUACCAACAGCACAAAAGCGUGCAUAAAUGCACGCUUGAAAAAUGCUAAGUGCGCAUAGCAUUUCUUAGCAUUUCAUGCCAAAUGGGACACCGUUUGUGCCGCGUGAUGACAUCAUGCACGCUUCAAAUGCGCCGUUCGACGGUGCGGUCUCUGAAAUGUGACACAGCCUAUGUAUCAGCUGAUUGACCUUGAUUUAUGUUGUCUCAAUACUAUACACAUAAUUUUAAAUAAUCAUAAUACAAUACAGGCCAUACUUUUUUUAGAUUUACAAAGACCAAAAUUUUAGAUGGAACAAGGCUUGGACUCAACUUAACCCACUCUAAUAUCAUCUAAAUCUUCCAUGAGCAUAGCAUUUGCAACAUUUAUCAAGUUACAGUGGAGAGGAAGAACUUCCUUGUAACAGGCAGAAACCUGAAGCAGAACCAGACUCAUGUAAGAGUCAUCUGCUGGGACUGAGCUGGGUUUAGAGAGGGGAGAGAGGAAGAUGGCGAGAGAGGAAGUGACAAGCAACAGUAGAACACACAUAUGUCUGGCAACAGUGAUAGAGACAAUGGAAAAAGUGUCUGUACUAUCUACAGGAAUAGUAUGAUAAUGAUAAUAGACUGAUCUUGGCCACCUUUUCGGGGGGUUUCUGGAGGCAAGGGCAGGGCUUGAUGUUUUAGCCCCAUCCCAUCCAACCAGUAGUGCAACAAAGCAGUGUUACCCUGCUCCACUGUGGGUGUCACUUCACAAGCUGUUGGAGAUGGGCCAUCCUGCUUAGGUGAACUUGUAAGGAGAGCCUGUUAUGCUGAUGCAGGCUGUGAGUCUUUCACAGUCCUUCACAAGGUCCCGUUUUGAGCAAUCUACAUCGUUGUUUGUAACAACAUAUGUUUACAUAUGAUUUGAAACUUUGCAUACAUCUAGUAUGGACACUGAACAUUGUAAUUUUGCAGUUUUUGUUGUAAAUACGGGAAAACAAAUACUCCCCCUUUAAAGUCAACAGGUCUGUAGUAAUUGCAAAGCAUUCAUGGUAAUGAAUUUGAGGAAAAUAAUGGGGGUUGGAAUUAGAUCAGCUGAAGCAGAAAGGGUAUUAAAAAAUCUGCAGUUAACAUAUAAAUUAUACCAAUGAUAAUAGAGGGACUGAUGCUAAUAAAUUACCAUUGAUUUUAUAACGGAUUAAAAUGGAUAGACUGCAGUAUGCCAUCAGUAGUUUUGCUGCUUUAGCCAAGUUUGAAUGGUACUGUUUAUUUCAGUGUCUUUAUAGAAAUGCAACUAAAUCUACAGGUAAUAUUUAGAGAGAAUUUUAGAGUAAUAAAUGAAAUGUCUUUUUCAGCCAAAUGUUAAUGAUUGACAUCCCUCUGCAUUUAGCUACUGCAGAACUCUGGUGUAGACUGUCUUGAAGUUUGGGAUCAUGUCAUGCUGAAAAACAAAAGUGAAAACAAAAAAGAAAUGCUGCAAUGAAUCCACACCUGUCCACUAUCCAGCAUUUUUUAAUUCGGACUGUACUGAAACACCUCUGCCAGAAAACCACAAGACCUUCAGUUCUGUGCCACCAAAGACUGCAAGCGCUUGUCUAAUGUCUACCAUCUCUCUUCAACUCUUAAUGUUGAUGAGUGGACUGACACUUUUACCAGAUCUUAAAGGUUUUCUUGGCCUUCUUCAGGUUAUUUGCCCUCACUGGGUUUUUUAAAUGUCUUCAUGACUGCUUAAAUACCACAUCUUCUGUCAGAAUGGAAUCUUGAAUACCACAUCUUGUGUAAUAAGUUGAUUUGUAGAUUCAAAAGUGGCUUUACUAAUUAAAAAUGGGAUUGUAUGUCUGUCAAAUUAAUAGUUGGUCUCACUUUAGUUAUGUCUCCAGUAUAAGAUCAACUUCUACAAGAUGUGGAUGAAAUGCUUGUAAUACAAGUAACCAAGUAUAGUUUGACCAAUCAGAGAAAUUGCAAAAAAAAACAGUCAUGGCCUUGCUUAAAAAAACUCUCCAGCUUUAAUGGUGGCCUAAGAUCUCUGCAUAGUACUGUUUAUUUCCAAAAUCAUGUUACAGUCUUAUAAUUGUCAUAUCUUUUCAGGAUGCUCCUGUGCAGACGCAGGUCCGACAGGCCCUGGCAAGGCCUCGCACGGCCCAUGCAUUGCGCCCUUCUGCUGGCAGCUCCCAGCGGAUAGUUGGAGACCUUCGAAGCACCAAGUGGAGCACUCGGAGGGAGGAACGUUACAGGAUAUUAUCCAGCCAUCGCACAGGGCUGUCGAGCCCAGUUGAGCAGCAACCCCUCCAGUCAGAUACUCCUGAGAGCAUGAUUGAGGUGGGGAAAGAGCAUCAGAAAUGUUUGGGCCUUGGUGAAAUCCAAGUGGUUGAUCUCAUACAUGAGGAUGUCGAGGAACAGGACAAGUCUUUAGGCAAGGUGAGAGGAACAUCUGUUCAGCACAUCAGAGAUGAGUAAUGCCUCAGAUGAAUGCAUCUGUACCAGAUAGACAAAUCUGACUGACACUUUGGCCAAAAGCACCUGAAAAAUUUUGUUACUUUUGAGAAAGGGGAAAAAUAAAAUGCCCUGUAUAGAUAAAAGUGAAAACAGCUGAAUUCAUGCUGAAAAAAAGCUGCAAAUUCAUCCUGUUAUCUUAUGUUGUUGGCUCUACUCCCAGGGAUGGGACGUCCCAGUCCCCAUCUCAGCUAGCACAUCAGAGCAUUUUGUAAGUGAUCAGGGAUCAUCAUCAUCACAAAUAAUGCUCAAUAUUUGACAGCUGACAUAAAUGAAAACGGUUAAGCCAGAACACGUGCAAGUAGCUGAACAUGGCUAAAAUAACAGUGUGGAGAUGUUUUACACUAAAAGGCAAAUAACUUUAGUGGUAAUGAUCAGUUGUCUCACGAAUCUCUGUUUUUAACGUUGUUUUUUUCUUUUAUAAAGACGGUGUCCUCAGAUCCAGAAGUGAUCCUGUGUAACAACACCAAGAUGCUGCGGGAGCGUCUGAGCGUAUCUGGUGAGAGACUCGGAGAGGAGCACAGAGAGCAGGAUGCCGACUACGUCUAUGACCUUUACUACCAGGAGACAGUCACACCAGGCUGGAUUCAGGACAUCCUGUCUGUCAGAGCCUACGCCGAUGAGGGAGAACUGGUGUGUGUGGAUGGAUGGACGGACAGAUGAAUGAGUGCUAAAACUCUGAGUGAGUGAAUGAAGACAUGGGUGACAUAGAGAGGCAAACACAUUCUUGUAGAAGAGUUUUUAUUAUGUAAACUCGUGACCUAACUUGUCCACGUCCUGAGGGAGUUCAUAACACCAUUUGGUGUUAAGGUGUUGAUGUAUUAAGAUACCCAAAAUAUGAAUAAAGUACUUGACUUAACAGUAGGGAUGCACAGUCAGGACCAGAAUAACAAGCACAAUUAUUUUGGCUAAUGUUGAAUGUACAUGGAUAAAUCAAGGGGCAAGUUUCAUUUGUACUUACCCAUUUCAAAGUAGUGCUUCUACUUCAUGUUGUUUUACAUAACUAAAGAGCAAACAAAAGUAAAAUUGUGUGAAAAGCCUUUUCUCACAAAACUGAAUCAGCAGCUGCUUCAAUAAAGCCAUAUUCACAUAAGUUCUAAAUUCCUUAAAGUCAGAGUCUGUUGGCCUGGCUGGGCCAUCCUGUUGCGUGAAUCACUUGCCGUUCCUUCCCACAACAGUCUGGACUUCGGCCCAUUGGGAGCGUGUUUUCCCGAUCAGAAAAUAACCGGGCCAAUCAGAGACCGUGUUUCCACUGUUACCCGGACAACAGGGAGAAUCUGACGUCUUCUGCGGAUAUAAACGAUUUCUGCCAACUUCGCAGAGUCAACUGCAGAAUUAACGGCGUUCUGAAUGAACGGUGCUUUGAAAAGUCCCGCAGCAUGUGUUAGACGUCACCAUCUACACAUGGACCAAUCAGGGGCUGCCUUUCCCUGUUGUCCGGGUAACAGUGGAAACACGGCCUCUGAUUGGCCCGGUUUUUUUAUGAUCGGGAAUACCGUUCCCAAUGGACCGAAGUCCAGACUGCUGUGGGAAGGAACUGUAGGAAGUGAUUCACGCAACAGGAUGGCCCAGCCAGGCUAAGAGUCUGUAUGUUUGUACAUGUAAGUCCCGCAGUGAUUUAAGCUCAAAUAGCCCACUAACUGGACUGCUUUCAUUACACGAGUUUACAAGCACCAGGCAAGAAUUGAGUUAUUGGCAGAAAAUGUCAGCCUCUGCUAUAUUAGGUGGUCACAUGCCUCUUUUCCACUUUCCCUGACCUUUUGGCAAGUGGCUAACAGUGAACACACUAUUCUUUUGACAGUUCUUUUCACAGUUCAGUUAUUUGCCAUCUGGCAAUGUGUUUGUUACUCAAUUACCAAGUCAAAGGAUGGUAUACAAACUGAAGCAUACUUGUUUUAGUCUCUUUACAUGGAAGAGAAUGAAUCACCAUCUUUUUUAUCUGGACAUGUUACUCAGACUGUGGGAAGUUGAUUUUGUGAAAUUGAAGUCAGACUGAUAAUUUUACAGAGCAGGAAAUAUUCAGGUAAAUUCUCCCUGAGUAAUCGAGCAGGAAGGGUGAUGUUAAUAUUGUGCAACUGCUGCAAACGAAUGAAUAAAAACAGAAAAGGUUGAAGGUGUACAGUGAAGAUGUCAUAGCUUCAAUAUAAAUACAGAAACUGUCACCACUGUUAUGUAUAUUUGACUUGAUGCUGGAGAGAGACACAAGUAACCAAGAUUAGUGCUUCUUACAUUUAUACACCUAUCACGUUUCAUUUUGUGGUGUUAUUUCAGGUAGUUUAAAAAGUUACUGGUGUUGUUUUGCACCGACAAAUCUCAUCCGCUCUUUUUCCCCUAACCACCAACAUGAGUUAUGUUGAGGAACCAGCUUUUUGUCUAAUCUUUUCUAAAUGACACAUUUCUUGCUCCACGCUGGUCUCUGUUGUUAACUCUCUAGAGUGUCAGUGUGAGGCAGACAGUCAUUGUUUCUCAUAUUCCAUGAAAAGUGGCACCUAAAACUUCCAUUCCCCCUUGAGGAGUUUUUGGUUUAGGGGGCACAUAAUUUUGUAUGCAGCAGAGUCUUUUUAAAAGUAGAGCACACAUUUAAAGCAUAAGUGCCCCUGUGAAGGCCGAGAACAUGAUGGAGAUUAGUUUGCUGCCCUACCAAAUGGUGUCUGGGGUUUCUAGUAUUCCAAAUAUUUCAAAAAGAUUUGCCUUAAGUGUUUCUCAAGUUUAUGGCCUAAACUAAAAGGCCAUUAUUUCUCUACACAUUUCCUAAGAAUGCUAUAACAUUAGCUUGGAACAAGGCUUUCAGAUAAAGAGUUUCUUGUUUUUAUGUAAGGUGCCUGACCUUGUGGUUCAUGAAGAGGAGGUGUAUGAAGACGAGGAUGAUGAAAAUGAGGAAGGGAACUGGAGGAAUGACUACCCAGAUGAAGAGAGCGAUGCAGAGAGUGACAGAGAGGAGCGCUAUGGAGGUAUGUAUUUUGGUGUCCAGGUGCCAGUUAAUGAAGUUUGUCUUGUGGAGUUGCUACAAUUGUUGACGUUUCACUCUUGCUAUAUGAGGGCUUAAAAUCCUGGAAUCAAUAAAAAUUUUGAGCUUCAUGUUUAGGGCUGAUAUCAAAUUGAAUAAAUUAAGCAGUGGCAGUAGCUGGAUAUGAUAUUUGUACAGCAUUUUGCAACAGCAAACGGGGUGACCGUUUUUGUCAAUGACUAGGCUAAGAGGGUUGUGAUUUUGAACAGAACCAGAGGGUUAAAUAAUUGCGUGUGCACAUCCAAUGAAGCUAGUAUUUGUGUGCAUGUACACUACAGGCCGAAAGUUUGGAAGCAAGAUCAGAUUUGCACAAAAAAAGAUCAUCAUUUCAUAUAUAUAUAAUUUGCAACACAAUAAACAUGACUAUUGUGUAAAGAGUAACUUAUCAGAACACAUUUUGGCUAUAACUAUUAGGUAUUUGAGUUAUUGUUGCUUAGACUUUGCUUUCUUUAAAGUAUCUUCCUCUGGCUUUAACAACAGCUUGGCAUAUACCAGGCAUUCGUUCCACAAGUUUUUUAAGGUAUCUUCCAGGAAUUGCAUUCCAAGCUUUCUUAAGUUCAUUAAAAAGAGACUGCUGACUCGUGGGAUGCGUUUUUCUGACCGAUCGAUCCAAUUCAUCCUGCACAAGCUCAAUUGGAGAAAGGUCCGGAGACUGAGGGGGCCAAACCAUCUUUUGAGGAACACCUUCCUCUUCUUUUUUGUCUAGGUAACCCUGACAGAGCUUGGCAGAGUGCUUAGGGUCAUUGUCUUGCUGCAAAACAAACUUAUGAGCCACAAGUCGUAGUCCAGAUGGAGCAGCAUGGUGCUGGAGGAUGGAGUGGUACUGUCCCUUCUUCAUGAUACCCUUUACUUCAAACAAAUCUCCUACUCCAUCACCUGCAAAACAUUCCCAUACCAUGGAACUACCACCUCCUUGCUUAAUUGUGGGUGUAACACAUGGUGCUUUCAGACGUACACCAGAUUGUCUGCGGACAUAGACUCUGCGUUUUGAACCAAACAGUGCAAACUUGUUUCUAGUCAUCAUAAGUCCAAUUUAACUCAGAAGUAGCUCAAUUAACCAUUAACUUGGUGUGACCGAGACGAGCCACCACCAUUUCAUCCUGUGAUAUGACUUUUGCACAUGUUGCAGUUGCAAUGUUUAAAUGCUUUGUUGUUCACUAGGACAAGUUAGGACUCGGACUAGCCCACUACAAGACCUAAUCUUUGUUGAAGAAGUCAGUAUCUAAGGCAUGUGCGUGUGUGUGUGUGUGUGUGUGUGUGUGUCUGUCUGUUUGAGUGUGUGUCUGAAAGACAACAUUGACCGUUUCUUAUUAUCUUUUGUGCAGGUUACUGGGAGGAGGAGCACUCGUACAGCCGGAGGAGCUGGGGGCACUACCAGAGGGAAGUGCUGAAUGAGCUGGGCUGCAGGGAUGCUGCUGUUGAUGAGGAUGAUGAGGAUGAUGAAGAUAAAUAUGAUUCAGAUUGAGAUGUCUACUAAGCUUCACCUGGUUGAGGAUCCUUCCCAGUACCCUUUUUACCAACUACAUAAAUCUCCUUAGAUCGCUGUGUUGGUGAGACUAAAGAGGAAACAACCAUACUAGACACACAACUUAAAAAUGCACUCCAUCAAUGUGUAGCACUUCAAAGGUUUUUUAAAUGUUACCAAAACAGAAAGAGAUUAGUUUUGCCAGAAUUCAUCAUUACUCUUGUCUGCAGCCUGGGAGGCUGUAAGCUGAGUGGCUACAUUUUUUAUUUUCAUCUAUUUCCCCCUCGUUGUCAGUAUAUUUGUAGGUUUUGGGUCUUAUCUAUCAUUUUUUUACAAAAUUCCCAGCAUACACUGAUGCUGCUGAGCAAAUUAAGAAAAGGGCUGUGAGCCAAGCUGCCCAUUGCUUUAGCCCAAAAGCUUGCUGAAAUCCUCUUUCAAGUUUAGUCAUCUAGCUAAAUACAGUUUUCAUGAUAAUUGAAAGCCCUAGAAAUGGGUGAGAAUAUCAAAUGUCCUUUCUAUGACCAGUGCUUAGGGAAAACUGUAUCCAAGGUGGACAACGAGAGAGAAUUAGUCAAUGCCAUUCAGUGAGCAGCCCCAUUCUACUCUAGAUUAUGAGUUUUGGACUACCCAAACUCUGUGUACUGAAAGGUUUAUUGCCAGUAAAUAAAAACAGCUGAGGUCACAAGACCUUUACACCCAUAGUGGUCCAAAAAUUCUGUAUUAAGUUAUUCCCUCUCUCCUGCACAGAGUAAAGGAGUUUGUGUCCCUCCUCAUUUGGGUCCAGAGUGUCUUUUUUUUUUUUUUUUUUUUUUUUUUUUUUAAACUGUGGUGGAGUGAAUUUGUGUGUGUGGGUGUUGUGUUCCAAGUGAAUGUGUGUUAGAAAUGUUGCAUAUUAGUGUUAAAUGCCUGGUAUGCUUUGUGCUGUUAACACUUAUGUUAGUGAGGCGUCUUGAGCUGAGUGUGUACGCAUUUCAGGGUGUUUGCAUUUUGUGCAUGGUAGUGUGUGUAGGUAUAAUGGUGUAUGCUAAGGUUUUUUGCAUAAUGUGAGUGUGCUGCAAAAGUUUUGUUGUAUGUGUGGUUCAGAAGUUACUCUUGGAUUGUUGCUCUUGGAUGCUGAUUGAAAGGUUUUUUUUUUCUGUAAAUAUGUAGAUGUGUAUAAAAAGAAAGCUUUCAAAAUAAACUUCAAACAUCUGUGUUAA